CGCCGUUAAACCCCGAAGAAGAAGUUAACAGCACAGAAGUUUAUAACGAAAUGGCUUCGCUUCCUUUCGUUCGAGGGGCUCUACUCGUGUCGUUUUCGGUUCUUUUGACUGUAGUUCUGGGGUUCGGACUCCCAGCGUUGCUGAAUGCUGUCGCUAAAUGCUGUGGUUUUCCUGAGACCAGUGUGUCAGAGUGCAUAGUCGGGGUGUAUUUCAUUUUUGUACUCUAUGUCGCGACACCACGGAUACCCAGAGGAACGAUAGAGGUACAGGGAAAGGCAGUAUUCAUCACAGGCUGUGACAGUGGUUUUGGUCAUGCCACAGCUAAGCACCUCCACAAACUGGGCUUCACUGUCUUUGCUGGAUGUCUGUUCAAGGAUAAGGGUGGGGAGGGGUCCAAGGAGCUGGAGGAGAUGCAGUCAGAUCGGAUGAAGGUGGUUCAGCUGGAUGUCUGCAGUGAGGAGCAGGUGAACAGAGCUGUGGACUACGUCAACACACACCUGGACGACUCACAGAGAGGUCUGUGGGCGGUGCUGAACAAUGCAGGUGUGUCUACGUUUGGAGAGGUGGAGUUUACGACCAUGGAGACGUACCGACAGGUGUCAGAGGUCAACCUGUGGGGGGUUAUCAGGGUCACCAAGGCCCUCCUGCCCCUCAUCCGUAGGGCCAAAGGUCGUGUGGUCAACCUGGCCAGCAUGUAUGGGCGGAUGGGCAAUGCCCUGCGUUCUCCAUACUGCGUAUCUAAAUAUGGCUUGGAAGCGUUCUCCGACUGUCUACGUUACGAGAUGAAGGCCUGGGGGGUCAAGGUCUCCGUCAUCGAGCCGGGGAACUUCAUUGUGGCAACGGGCAUCCUGACCCGGGACAUUGUGGCGACCACGGCUGAUAAACUGUGGCGUGAGGCACCCCCUGGUGUCCAGGAGGACUAUGGCCACGCCCACUUCGACAAACACAUGGCUCUGAUGAGGUCAUACUGUAGCAGCGGACAGAAAGAUGUCCAGCCCGUCCUAGAUGACAUCACCGACGCCAUCACGUCAUGCCGCCCGUUCACGCGCUAUAACCCCAUGGAGCCUCACUGGUGGAUCAGGAUGCAGGUGAUGACACACCUACCGGCCGCCAUCUCCGACCGUCUCUACUUCUGAACUGAAGGAUCCCUGUCUCCGAUCGUCUCCAUACGUACAGUGUAUCCUAUUGCAUUAGGGUUCCGUUCCACUUUAGAGUCUAAAAUUGGGGAAUUCCCUAUGGUAAAUUACAAGCGAUCGAUUCUCUAUAUGUUAAUCUAAUUUGAAUGAAUUUCCUGACUUGACUGAUUGAACCAUUUCUAUUCUCCUUGGAUCAUGAGGUCCACAGACCACUGCUGUAGCUAAGGAUUCCUUCACACUGGAAAUCUCAGUGAUUGAGCCAUUUUGAACAUUAUGCACUAUUGUCCUAUCUACAAUAUAUAUACGUUAUUCACCCCCUUGGAAAUGGCGUUUUUCUUCUUCUUAAGUAAUAACUGAAGCUGUAAUAUUCAAGUGAUGAAGCCGAUGUUUGGAGGUUAUAUUGGCGCGGGUGUUAGGUGUUUGGAGGUUAUAUUGGCGCGGGUGUUUGGAGGUUAUAUUGGCGCGGGUGUUUGGAGGUUAUAUUGGCGCGGGUGUUUGGAGGUUAUAUUGGCGCGGGUGUUAGGUGUUUGGAGGUUAUAUUGGCGCGGGUGUUUGGAGGUUAUAUUGGCGCGGGUGUUUGGAGGUUAUAUUGGCGCGGGUGUUAGGUGUUUGGAGGUUAUAUUGGCGCGGGUGUUUGGAGGUUAUAUUGGCGCGGGUGUUUGGAGGUUAUAUUGGCGCGGGUGUUAGGUGUUUGGAGGUUAUAUUGGCGCGGGUGUUUGGAGGUUAUAUUGGCGCGGGUGUUUGGAGGUUAUAUUGGCGCGGGUGUUAGGUGUUUGGAGGUUAUAUUGGCGCGGGUGUUUGGAGGUUAUAUUGGCGCGGGUGUUUGGAGGUUAUAUUGGCGCGGGUGUGAGGUGUUUGGAGGUUAUAUUGGCGCGGGUGUUAGGCCUGCGGUGAACACCAGCUCCCAGGGCAUUAUCACUUUUAUACGGGUUAUUAACAUAUUUUCAGAAACAUUAUUUUGAUGAAUUUACUCAUACAGUUUCAUCCUUCCACGAGAUAUAGUCCCGACACAAAUCUAGGGUUGCUACCCAAGCCGGCUGGUUGUUCAUUCUAUCGGUUCGGUUGCCAGAGACGCGACCCAGUCGUUGUCCUUUUGUUCUGUGUCUAUGGACGCGACCCAGUCGUUGUCCUGUUGUUCUGUAUCUAUGGACGCGACCCAGUCGUUGUCCUUGUUGUUCUGUAUCUAUGGACGAGACCCAGUCGUUGUCCUUGUUGUUCUGUAUCUAUGGACGCGACCCAGUCGUUGUCCUUGUUGUUCUGUAUCUAUGGACGAGACCCAGUCGCUGUCCUUGUUGUUCUGUGUCUAUGGACGAGACCCAGUCGCUGUCCUUGUUGUUCUGUAUCUAUGGACGCGACCCAGUCGUUCGUUCUAAAUGUUCCAUUGCCAUGAUGGCUGGCAAUGAUCUUAUCCCUUGCUUGCUAUUUGGCUAACACAGUCAUGUCAAACAGUGUAGCCAGAAUAACAGUAGCUGGGGUUUAAGCUGUUUUCUAGUGACUCUUUCGGGAUAACUCCAUAACAAUGAGCUAAUGAUUUCUCCUGGCAUGGGACGCUGGCUGGUUCUCUCUCUUCCCCCCCAAACUGAAGCUGGAAUGACAGCAAACGAGCUACAGUUACUGUUUUUCUGUUGACAUUUAAUUUGUAUAGAUACAUAAAAAUGAUGCUGAGUUAUGAUUUCGACUGGCUAUAUUGUUCAUUAACAGCUGGAGAUCCAAUUUCAAAAUUGUAUUUUUUAAUUUUGUAUGAAUUUUUUGCAAACGCAAGUUUAAUACAAAUCUCCACUGUUGAAAACCAAUUGUUAAUCUAAAAGAAAUGUGAGAUAAUGUCUAGAUGCUUUUUAUAGUGGAGAUCAAGUUUAUAAGUUGCCUGGUUGGGCUGCUGAGACAGUGGAUUGCUUGCUUAGAGUAAAUAGACAUUUCAACGUCAGAGAUUUAGCCUGCGGUAACUUGUAGAAUAGACAAUGGCUGGAAUGUGGUUUUAACCAACCAGGAUUAGACCCACCCAUAUAAACCUUGAUUGAGAAUUAUUCAACCCUCUGAGUCAAUACAUGUUAGAAUCACAUUUUGGCAGCGAUUACAGCUGUGAGUCUUCUUGGGUUGGUAUCUAAGGGGCCGAUUCAGUCUGAGGAAAUGCCUUUGCACUUCUCAGUUGGUAUCGACUUACCAAGCAAGUAUUGCGCUCUACAGGUGUGGCUACCAUGCCCUCAAUGAAUAAAUAUCAUUCAAUCACUGACAAACCUCCCACUUGCUAACCCAUUAUAUUCUUUGUUGUGAAGUUCCCAUUCAAUAGUGUUUUCAUUUAUCGAAAGUCAUCCCUAUAAAUAAAUUAAAUUUCAAUUUUGUCUACAGACUCAGACUAUCGUGAGAUGGGUUGAGAAUAUUAUGGAUGAUCAAUGAAAUUAAGCAUCGAAAUAUAUUUAUCUCUUUCUCGUAGAUUCUUUGUGGAUUAUUUGGUGCCGAUGUUAGGAAAGGGAAUCAGACCUAUACACACCUGCCCCUGAAGCAGAGUAAAAGGGAGAAUAACUAUCUCUCUCUCUCUCUCUCUCUCUCUCUCUCUCUCUCUCUCUCUCUCUCUCUCUCUCUCUCUCUCUCUCUCUCUCUCUCUCUCUCUCUCUCUCUCUCUCUCUCUCUCUCUCUCUCUCUCUCUCUCUCUCUCUCUCUCUCUCUCUCUCUCUCUGUCUCUGUCUCUGUCUCUGUCUCUCUCUCUCUGUCUCGAAUCAUUCUAAUCAGCCUUUCCGUAUUAAAUAUAUUAUUGAAUCAAAAAUAGGUUUAUGAUUCAUCCUGAAAGUUGCCGUAUUCAAGUUCAAUCCAUAAAAUAUUGGAAGGAAAAUGUGGCCAAUAAUCGUAUGAACUGAACAUGGAACUGGGAUGAACCGUGCGGCAGGUUUAAACUGCUACGUCCGAGUUCCAUAAGGCCUCUAAUAGACACUGUUAGCCUAAUGUCACCCUGGAACAACGACAGACGACCGAGGAAGGAAGGGGAAUGGUGCUAAAUGUAGGAAACUAUAGUGAAAGUUACAACUGCAUGUGGGUAUUACUGACGGUGGCUCCCGAUAGUGGCUCAUAUUUAACAUGAUACACAUUGUAAAGAUCAACUGAGAAAACAAUGAAAACAUUCUAAAGAGAAUAAGUCAUGGCUGCAGGUUUGGCCAUUUAAAGGCCUAUAGAUUGGGUCUUCAAAUGUCAAUCCCUGCAAGUUAUUAGGGCAUAACAGCUAUUUAUUGUCUAUUUCACUGUGGCGAGGGGCCGUAACACAUCUCAUGUUGAUAUGAUUUUAAUUUGGCCUCUUUAGGACUGGUUUCUCAUUUGUCUCCAGGAAAAAUAAUCUAGAACAGUUACUAUAUGUAGGCUAUCUCCAAACAGCUUACUCAUUUUACCUAGCGGCAGGGUAGCCUCGUGGUUAGAGCAAGUUCAAAUCCCCAAGCUGACAAGGUACAAAUCUGUCGUUCUGCCCCUGAACAAGGCACUUCCCCGGUAGGCCGUCAUUGAAAAUAAGAAUGUUCUUAACUGACUUCCCUAGUUAAAUAAAUUAUUGAUUAUAAAUGACAAUGAAUGGCGUUAUUUCUAUCAAGAAUAAAAUUAAGGUAAAUUGGGCGGGUGUUUAAAUCUGACGAUUCUGUUACAAAACGUUUCUUAAGCAAAUGGCACGAAAUGGGGAGGGACCUACCUGAAUUUGUCCAAUAGAAACUCUUUUAUUAGCAAAACAGAACAAAUGAUUAAACGCUAGAGGCAGGCAAGAGGGUGUAAGGCAGUAUUUAAUGUUCUCACUGGCUGUCACCUUGAUUACUCAAAUUAUUCUCUCAACCUUUUCACCUGCAUUGUAAACUUUCAUUCUAAGUCUGUUGUAGCAAUCUCAUGAUUGGUAUAGGUCAAAUUAGAUUAUCAUGCCUAAACAUAUCGAUGAUACAUUGAACUGGGUGAAUAUGAAUAACAGUCAUCCAAUAUGCUGUAAUAGAAGGCCGUCCUCAUGAAAAUAAAUAAUCGUCCUCAAUCUCAAACGGCACCAACCGUGGCUGAGGUCACUCCGUAGACAGGACAGUGUAUAAAAAGCCAACCCAGCGAUGCGCUCUGGACUGAACUUCCCCCUGAGAGCUUUCCACACCUCAAUUGUGCAAAAGUCUACAUAUUUUCAAGCAGAUUUAAGUCUCUAAACUGUAACUAGGCCACUCGGCAACAUGCGAUGUCAUCUUGGUAAGGCACUCCAGUUUUAUGUAGCCUGGUGUGUCAGGUUAGGACGAGGCAGUUACUCAGUGACGUGUUGGAUUUGCCAAGGGUCUCUCAUGGUAUUAUCCUUCCUGCCCUCCGUUCAGGAGGAGGACUGUAUACUUGUUGUGUCUGGGUGGCAAUGAGACUUUCAAAAACGCUCCCUGGUCUUUGUAGUUUAAUCUGUGCUUGAAAUUCAAUAGUUGACCGAGGGACCUUUCGUAUGUAUGGGGGGGACAGAUGAAGGUGUAGUCAAUCAGGAAUCAUGUCAACCACUACUAUUUCAUACAGUACAGGUAAUUUAUCAUUUGGUAAACAACUAUUUACUCCUGAACUCAUUUAGGUUUGCUUAAACAAAGGUGAAUUUUUAUGCAAUGAUUUUUGUUAUUUGUUUUGUAUUCUGUGUAGAACAAAUAAAAUCACAAUCAAAUCCAUUCCAAUUUUAACACAACAAAAUCCAAGGGGCUGAAUACUUGAGAUUAGGGUGUUUGAUAUGACCUGUUACUGUCUGACUUAUUAUAAAUGAUGCAAUGCCUUGACAUUCA